AUGAGUAAAGGAUAUAUUAAAAUAAUUUUCCCUCUUUUAGUCUCAUUCCUAUAUAUGAGCAAUAAUGUCCUUGCAAAUGAUAGAAAUGAUGGUAUUGAAGCUUUACGAAGAUUUGCUCGACCACCUACUAAUCCUACUGGUGGCAAUGAAGGUUCAGAAGAAUCGAAUGAACAACACUCUUCCGACUUUUAUGUAUACAAGGAACAAGUUAAAGCAGCAGAAGAACUUAUGGAUGAAGCUGAAGAUUUAUUAUCCCGCCAUGCUACAAAUACGAAUGAGUACUCAUUAUAUAAUAAGCUCAGUGAUAACUCAAUUGAAUAUUUUAAGAAAUAUGGAGAAGCAACAAUUUAUAAAUUUAACCAUAAACUAGAGCACCCCGAUAAGUAUAAUUAUAUAGUAGAGAAGAUAUGGAAUCCACAAUUCAGAAAACUUGAUGGUCACACUAUUAAAGAAAAAAUUGUACGUCGAUACUCUCCAGAUUUAGUAAUGAUCCAACACCGUUACACAAAUGAUGAUAUUAUGUUCGAUGGGUAUUACUAUGCUUUAGCAAAAAAAUAUCAAAUAUCAGAUACCACAACUUUGAUUACCUAUGCAACACCUGAUAUAGACGACCAAAAUAGAGCUGAUAAAUUGAAAUUUAAAAAUCCUCUCUUAGAAAGUGCAAACUCAUUCAAACAACAAAUUGAUUCAGAAAAGGAUAUUCAAAAUGGAGAAUUGACAAAAAUGUUUGUUAACUUAUCUGGAUAUCUAAUUAGAAAAAAAGAAGACCACGUUGAUAUUACCUUUGUCCACUCUAUUGAUAUUCAUCAUCGCCCUAAUCUUAAAGACUCCAUAAUUGACAUAGUUCACUCAGCACAAAUACUACAUCUUAUAAAAUUAACCAUCGAAGCUUUCAACGAAUAA